GUAUAAUUCGUUAAUCUUGUUUACAACGAUGUCAGGCUUAAAAGCACUUCUGAUUGAUGCCAAAGUUGACGAACUGCAAGUUGUUGAAACAGAGAAUAAUACAAAAAGUUUGUAUUUCACAGGAAUAGGAGCAAAUGAUAAGUGGAAAAUAUGUUCCACAAAUGGAACGGAUGUAUGGAAAGUGGAGCUUGAUGCUGACGAGCUCGAAUCCUAUAAGGAUGCAGCAGAAGUCAGUACGAUAGAAGCGUUUUUGUCCAAAUUCAGGAAAGGUUUUCUUGGGGGAGACAUAACAACACUUGUUGGAGGAACAAAGAUAACGCUUAAUAUAGGUAAAGGAAGUGACAAAAUAGCAGUUGAUGUUUUUGAGGCAAAAGCAGCAGAAAGGAAAACAGAAUUACAGAAUGUGUUGUUUCGAUUAGCUGACAAAAAUAUGUCGCUCCAGGCAGAUUUGGCUGCUGCGGAGAAGACAGUGGUGGCCUUAAAGGCCCAGAAAAAUCAGGGAGCAUCUGGAUUUUCUUUCAAUGAUGUUGGUCCAAAGACUGCCAACCAGUCUAAAGCGAGACCAAAAACAGGAAUGAGUGCUAUCAACCCGAACAGUAAAAAGAGAAAAGCAGCCACUGGUGUUGUGUUUGAUUAAGUAUACACAGACAGAAAAGUUUUAUAUUUUGAAAUAAUGUCAAAUAUUGCUAUGUAUAUUUACAGUGUAUCAAUUCAAAAUUGUUGUAUGCCUGUCCAGUAAAGAUUUCAUUGUUGGAAGUAGGAAUUUCAAUAUCUAAAUUAAUUCUUCUCAUUUGUAAAUCAGUCAUAUCUGUUUUUCAUGAAUUGAAGGAAAAUUACUUUGAAAUUACAUAUGAACGAUAUACCGAUGUGUAUUGUUUUAAUUUCAA